GAUUCCAAAUUCGAAAUUACAAGAGGGGGGAAUCAUUUGACUCGAGCGAGAGUGGUCACAGAAAAGUUGAAGCCGUGCCGCUGACGCAACGCCGCUACCCGCCGGAAUAUUCUUCUUCCCCUCAGUUUAGGCUCAGGUUGUGGGAUAUGCCUUAUAAAGUUCGUGAAAAUCUGUUAAUUGGGAACAUCAGUGAUGCUGCUGAGAUUCUUCAGCAAGGCAGUGAACAGAUUACACACAUACUAUCAGUUCUUAGUUCUGCUUCAGUUUCAUUUUUCACUGAAUGGCGUAAUGAUAUUGUGAUCCCGGCCCAGGAGAUUCGUAAGGUGUAUUUUGGAGGUAAUGGAUCAGAGGGAAAUGUCACUGCGGAGUCUAGCACUUCUCUAUCACACCAGAAGCUUCUAUACUCAUUGGAGUAUGCUGGGAAGGAUCUAAAGUUUGUGAGGAUGGCAGUCGCUUUAAGGGAUAUGGAGAGUGAGAAUUUGCUGGAUUAUUUGGAAGUGUGUUUGGAUUUCAUUGAAGAAAGUAGAAAAAAAGGUUGUGUGCUAGUGCAUUGUUUUGCUGAGCCUAGAUCUUGCCCAACUAUGGUAAACACUCGAUCUUCCGCAACUGAUGGCAAUCCUGAUGUCGGCAACACCCUAGCACAACAGAAUGAUGCCUUGGCCACCAUCGCUGCCCGACUGGACAUUCUGGAUGAGUUACGAGACAAAGUAGCAGCUUUAGAAGUCCACAACCGCAAUCCAACAACAAAGAAGAAGAAGAUCUAUGCUGACGACUCCGAGGAGGAAUCAGAAUCUCAUUCACGAAGACACUUCCGGCCUCCGUAUGCAAAAAUUGAGUUUCCCAAAUUCUCAGGAGGUGACCCACGUGGUUGGAUUUUGAAAGCAGAGAAAUAUUUUCGGUACUAUGAAACACCGGAUGAAGAAAAGGUGGACAUAGCAUCGAUGUAUCUUGAAGGAGAUGCAUUGGACAUGUUUUCUUGGGCUUUAUCAGAACGUACGGUGUUGUACUGGGAGGAAUUGGUCAAGAUAUUGCAAGAACAAUACGGACCUCCGGAAUACCAAAAUCCAGAUGAGUACCUCGCAGCUGUUCAACAGGUGGGAACUGUCCAAGAAUAUCGUGUGGAAUGGGCGCGACGAGUAGCAAGGGUUAAAAAUUGGCCCGAUCACUGCCUACUUGGGAUUUUCCUGAACGGAUUGAAGGAGGAAUUGCGCUCUGAGGUGAGAAUACACAAACCUCAGAGUGUCUAUCGUGCGACAAGUUUGGCCCUAGAGAUGGAGAAAAAGCUGCAGGGUACCAAAAGUACCCGACCUUGUUCAACUGCAAGUUCAGCCCGAGCCACUUACAGCACCAACUCGGGCAGGAAUCAAUCUGUACCUGAUUCGUCAGCAAAGACCUCGACUUCGCACAAUCCUACGUCGCAAAACCCAGGUUCCUCACAAUCAGUCAUUCCCUUUCGCUCUAAUUCGUGGGAUACUACUCGGCAAGAACGACGAAACAAAGGGCUCUGUUUCCGCUGUGGAGACCCAUUUCGACCAGGGCACCGUUGUACGACAUCCACUUUCUCACUAAUGGAAGUAGAUGUGGAAGGAAAUCCAAUUCCGGAAACAUUUGAGCCUGCUCCUGAAAUGGAAGAAAUCAUAGAAGAGGCAGAAAUUUCUUUCAAUGCCAUUCUUGGGACAUCGUCAGCGGCAACAAUGAAACUACAAGGAUCAAUUCAAAACCGCAAUGUCCUGUGUUUGGUUGAUAGCGGCUCCACCCACAACUUCUUCUCAGAAAGGUUGGUAAAUGAAUUAAAUUUAGUUACCACCUCUAUUCCGGUGUUGGGGGUACAGAUUGGGGAUGGCAGCCUUGUGCGAUGUGGAAAAAUAUGCAAGGCCGUAAAGUUGCAGCUUCCAGGUUUGAGUAUUACUCAGGAUUUUUAUCCAUUUUCUCUCUCUGGAUCUGAUCUCGUGCUAGGCAUCAAGUGGUUGGCUUCUCUGAACACUAUUCAAGCCAACUGGAAU